AAUGCUGCGUGGCGCGACGCCGGCUGAGUCUGACAGAGCCACGGUCACACAGAGGAUAGAUGAACGACAUCAGAACCAAAAUAGCCGUGUAAAUGCCCGAGUGUCAGCAUCGGCGCCACAUUUCGCAGUGAAUUGAAAGAUCGAGAUGGAUGUAAACGGAGUUUCUCAGUGUCGGGAGAACGGGAGCUCGGAGCCCAUCCCCCACGCUCAGGGGUCUGGAGGCAGUGGCUGUCAGCAACAGCAGCAGGAUGGGCAACAAGAGGAGAGUGCAACUGGCCGUGACAGCUACAGUCAGGAAAAGCGACAAGCAAAUGAUCAGGAAGACAAGAAGAGAGCAUCAACCACCAAGACUUCCGGUGCUCCAUCUUACAGCAGGUGGUCAGGUUCUCAGCCUCACCAGCCAGGUCCUGCAGUGAGAACAUACCAGAACAGUAAGGCAAGGGUCACCAUGAGCCCUGGCUUUACCCCACAGUGGAACAACAACCAGUCUGCCUGGAACAAUUACACCUACCCCAGGGCUAAUGUUCACUAUCAAUCCCAUGCUAGUUACAGCUACUGCCCUGGGCAUCCUGCCCAAUCCUAUGCACCAGCUCCUCACCCUAUGGCUCCUCCCAGUCCGAGCACAAACAGCAGCAACAACAGCAGCAACAACAGCGGUGGUGAGCAGCUGAGUAAGACCAAUCUGUACAUCAGGGGUCUGCCACCAGGCACCACCGACCAGGAUCUCAUCAAGCUCUGCCAACCAUAUGGAAAGAUAGUAUCGACAAAGGCCAUCCUAGACAAAAACACCAACCAGUGCAAAGGCUAUGGCUUCGUCGAUUUUGACAGCCCAGCAGCUGCACAGAAGGCAGUGGCAUCUCUCAAAGCCAGUGGAGUACAGGCCCAGAUGGCAAAGCAGCAAGAACAGGACCCAACCAACCUGUAUAUCUCAAAUCUGCCAAUAUCCAUGGAUGAGCAAGAACUUGAGAACAUGCUGAAACCUUUUGGUCACGUCAUCUCCACAAGGAUAUUAAGAGAUGCAAAUGGAGUAAGCCGAGGAGUGGGAUUUGCCAGAAUGGAGUCCACUGAGAAAUGUGAAGUAGUAAUUCAGCAUUUUAAUGGAAAAUACCUGAAAAUGCCACCAGGUGUACCAGCCCCCAGUGAGCCUUUGCUUUGCAAAUUUGCUGAUGGAGGGCAGAAGAAAAGACAGAAUCAAAGCAAAUAUACGCAAAAUGGAAGGCCGUGGCCCAGAGAAGGAGAGACUGGAAUGGCUUUAACCUAUGAUCCCACCGCUGCUAUGCAGAAUGGUUUUUAUUCUUCACCAUACAGUAUUGCAACAAAUCGUAUGAUUGCACAGACAUCUAUCACACCUUUCAUUGCUGCUUCCCCUGUUUCAACAUAUCAGGUCCAGAGUACAUCGUGGAUGCCUCAUCAACCAUAUGUUAUGCAACCAGCAGGUGCUGUGAUUACGCCCACAAUGGACCACACUAUGUCCAUGCAGCCAGCCAGUAUGAUGGGACCUUUGACCCAGCAGAUGAACCACCUGUCACUGGGCACAGCAGGAACAUAUAUGACUGCUGCAGCACCUAUGCAAGGGACCUACAUUCCCCAGUACACUCCUGUGCCUCCAGCAGCUGUCCCUGUUGAAGGUGUUGUUGCUGAUACCUCCCCACAGACAGUCGCACCUUCAUCACAGGAAGCCAGUGGCCAACAACAGAUACCAGUGGAAACAACCAAUGAUCACGCACCUACCUAUUCUUACCAACAAGCUAAACAGUAAACAGGACUGAAAACGGGAAUCAUGAGCUGAAAAUUGCCUUGAACCAGGAAACUUCAGUGAACAUGAAGGUGGCUUCCAGUUUGCACAGGCGUCGAAUGAAUGCUUUUUAUUUCGUACCUUACCUGACAAAAAAAAGUGUUUUUAUGUGCUGUGCAAAUGGUUCAGUGAUGUAGUCUGACAGUUUAAUUUUGCUAUAAAAGCUUAUUUUUAAAAGAGAAAGAAAAUCCCAUAAAGGGAUUUGUUUUGACUUUUCAUUCAGAUGAACAGGUAAAAUAUAAAUGAUUUGUAUGUUCGGAUAGACUUAGAACUGUAAGACUGACAAGUUUGGAAGAGGAAGGAAGCUGCAGUGUUUUAGGAAAGUUUAAUGGUCUUCCUCUGAUAUUAAGCUACUCUUUUUUUCAUGUCUUUUAUUAAUUUGUAGGUUUUUCAGAAACGUUUAGCUAAGAUUUAUCUUGACUCUUAAUUGCCUUAAUUUUGAAGACGUCAGGCUCUCAAAGCCAGCUGUCAACAUUGCGUUAGAAAUUCUAGAUUGAAAUUAUGUGCUUGGACCAAGUGGUUGGUGCAAGAAUUUGAUAAAAGCUUAACUUUAUAGGGAGGUAAAAUGCUAAUAAGCUGUACAGGUUAAAACAAAAAAAAACAAAAAAAAAAUGUUGCUUGUCUUCUUUUGCAGAAGAACAUGGUUUUAUUGAUAAAGAACAAGGACAACUGACAAAAUCUAAAAAAAUUGCUAAGACUUUUCAUGAAUUUUGUCUUAAAGCAGUGGAAACUGACAAUUUGCAGAAGGCUGAAGCGUUUUGCGAUUUGAAACAAAAAGUGACUGCAUUGUACAAAAUGCAGUUUAUCGCUUAAGGCAGAUUGUUUUAUUUACAAAGCAUAAUUGCUAGCAGCAGAAUUAGUGCUUUAUAUUUGCAAUCUUUUUUAUUAGCUUAAAAUGUUUUUAGUCUGCUUUGCUUGUCACCUUGCAGAUGCAAGCUAAAGAGUAAAAGGUGCGAACUAGUUAGAUAGGAGCUUAUGGUUAAAAAGAAAUCAAAGCAAAAGCAAUAGAUUGAAGAAAUUGUGGACAAUUUCUGUAGUCUUUAAUUUUCAUAGUUGUGGAUCAAAUGCAGCCUAAGGAUGGCCUAUUUUAUACCAAAGAUGAAGUGACACCCUAAAGCAGUCAAGAAGCUAGAGAUUUUUUCUGUUGUUUUUUAAAUCUUUAUUUGACCUACAUGGCCGGACCAGUUCUUACUUUACUUUCUUUAAACUUUUCUUCCACUGGUUACUCUCUAAUAACUCAUACACAGUCAGAAUGUUUAUCUAAAAAUAUUGGUGGUGCACUGGUAAUAGGGGAAAAUUCCAUGUACAUCAAAAGAAGGAUUAAUUCUGUAAAGUAUCAAUUUUUUUCUGUCCUAACUUUUGACCUUAAUGUGUAUUUGUAAAUGUGCAUUAUUUGUUCUCUUCGCAAAGUUAUUACUUUUUAUGUCUUCCUUCAUACUUUAUGCAUCUGGAUAGCCCAUUUAUCUACCUCAGUCUAUGCCAUCUCCUAAUGUGCUGAGCAGCUGUUAUCCAGCAUUUUGCAAAACUUCAGCUUUUUUCUUCCUUUUUUUUAAUGUGCCCAGCGUUUCUUGUGUGCAGAUUGCCUCCACAGGACAUUGAUGAGAUGUACAGGUACAUAUCAGGACAUUAGCAGCCUUGAAGUAGUUGCUACAUGCCCAGGCUUAGAAAUUGAUCUGUUAAUUGAUCCUAUAUACACAAUGGUAGCAGGUAGGACAGCCACUGCCCCAGUGACAAGCCACUUUUAUACUCUACUAAAGUCAAAACCUGAUAUUGAAAUAUGCUUUCUUUGUAUGUCAAAGGAAUGACUUUGUGCUGGAGCUAUAUUGAUAGUAUGUGUACUGUCAAAUCAAGCAGAUCAUCGACUCAAUUUUAGAGUCCAGACAAGAAGUGACACCAUUUUAGUGGUGGAAAAAAAAGUAUCUCUGUAUCUUUGAUAUUUGUGUUGUAGCUCAACAUAAAUAUAUUGUGCAAAAUACAGAGUUGUGUUUCCCAUUCUGAAAGGUAACUAUUGCUACUGCAACAUGCCGCUGCUGUCAUUUAGUAAUACGAUCGAUAGUCCAUUCAUUUCAUGGCUUUGUUCCCAAUGGGAUGUUAUGGUAAAGAAGUAAAGGAGCAAUAUUGGGUAAAGGCUGGUUAUGAUUAUUAACAUUCUGAAUGUGAGAAACUAUAUAGAAACAACUCUUUCCCUUCUGAUUUAGAGAAAUGAAAGAUAUUGCUGACAAUCAGGGAUUACGAGGAGGAGAAAAUCAGGAGGGCAAGGGUUGAGUUAGGCGUAAGCAAUUAAUGUACUUGAAACGGGGUUUAGGAUAUAUCAGCCAAUGAACAUAACCAAAAGAAAAAUGUCCUGUCGUGACCAACGAGCAAUUCACCUCUUUAAAAACACAAUGUUUGUGCCAGCACUCACAGUGGGUCUGGAAUAUUAUUCAUGGGACUGUAUCUUUUUGUGUCAGUCUAUCCAAGAUGGAUUUCAAUCAUAUUUCUAAUUCAAUCUGUACAAUUUGAGCUAUACCUUAGACUCACCCAGAGAGUAUUUUAUCAGAAAGGUCAAUUGAAAAAGUCUUACUUUUUACAGCUUGUUUAAUUGUGCCCCUUCUUCUUCUCGUAUGUUACAAGCCGCCUGUUUAAUUAAAUUAAUAUUUUUCCAAAUUCUUGUAAGAUAAAUGAGAUAUUUGGAAAGUAAAUAUUAAGUACGUUUAUUUUAAUAAUUCCCAAAUAUUUAAUCAGUAGAAGUAAGACUAUGGGGAUUAAAUUGGAUCUUGUUUUACCCAUUAUUUUCAGCGAGGUUCAAUACUGCAAGGUUACAUCAAGCACUGAUGAUUUUGGGUAGCAUUAAGGCUUUUGUGUGACCACCUUAAACUGGCAUUAGGUCACUUGCGUAUUAUAAGAUGCCAAAAGCCUGAUUAAAGAACUCUGUCUUCAAAAUUGGUCAGAUACCAAGCAGAGCAUCAUCCAGCAUACUGUGCUCAGUUUUUAUUAUUUCACUUUUGGCCUAACCAAUGAUCCUUAAAGGGAAUUGAUGGCAGCAGUGAAUCCACAGUAUUUCUAUGGGCUGCAACCAUCCUACAGUAACAUCCCUCUAGUUCGGCAACCCUUUCCGCAUACCAGGAUCUACCUGUAAGCCACUAUUGCUGGCUCUAUUGAAUUAUCUCAUGAGCCCUACGGGCUCCCACCACUCACUGUAAAUAUUUAGAAGAGGCCUGAGGUACAAUAUUGAAUGAGCCUUGGGCCUUUGGCCCCUGGCUCACAUUGAGGACAUGCUAACCACGUCAGGCCUAAAUGAAUUUCUCCUCUUAUCUUGAAACAAAUUAACGUUUAGUGUCUCAAGGAUUUGUAAUUUUGUUCACAUGGAAAUCAUGUAGAAUUCUUGCAGAUGUAAGAGUGCAUUUCAAAUUUUCACAAGAGGAAUUAGAUUCUUCCUUCUCCCAUUUUCUGAUAUACUAACCAUGAAGACUGAGCUUACUGGAACCCAAUGCUGCAUCACUGAAAUAUACAGAACCAAAUUACAUACUGGCUCAGAAUAGUAUAUUUUACAAUUCUUGUGGACUUCUAAACAAAUGUUGUUUUGCAGAUGAAAGAUUAGAAGUUGAGCCUUUGGGAGUCGGUCCUUUUUUUUCUAUGAUUAACCAGUGGCCUAUCAUAUUAUCAUUAAUUAAAUGGACAAGCAUAGAGUUGUAACCCAAUGAAGAUGGAAUGAGUGCAAUAUACGAUUGAUCUAAUUUUAAAAUCCCUUUACUGAGUUAUUCUGAGGAUCGCAAUAAUAUGAUGUUUCCUUCUUUAAAAAAGUACAUAUUUAGCUCAAGGAAAUAAGUUAGAAUUCAUCUCUUUUGGAUAGUGAGUCUUGGCAAUCUACUUUCCAAUCGCUUUAACUAUGGGUCCAUAAUUGUUGUGGUUCUACCAAGCUUAAUUGUCUCAAAGUGUGCAUUUCUGGGUUGAGGGGUCACCUUUUUGAUAUUGAGAUUUAAGAUACUUAAUAUAUGCAUUACUUCUGUUCAACUGACAAUACCUGUGAAGCAAGGCCAAUGUUUGAGGUAUAGUUCUGUGGGUGGCCUGUUUAGACGGGUCUGUACUGUGUUUAUUGAUGCAGGAUUUGCAAUUCCCUUCAACAAAAUUACAUUGGCGUUUGGUGAACCAGAGUGGUACUUUUGUUUGAAUUUCCAAAUAUGGACGUGUGAUAUAUCAGUGCUGCUAACCAAUCAUGAAAUUUUAUUUUAAAGUGUGUGCGUAUAUGUGUGUAUGCGAGAGAGACACUAUUGCCUUUCUGAGGCACUUCAAAGCACUUAUCCCUGAAUUUGUAUCUAAUUAGUAUAGAGAUAUUUGUAUUGUUAUUCGUAUCCUUGUUUUUCAUCAAUGUAAAGAGAAUACAAUCACAAAGAGGAAUGCUGAUAAGAAACUAUAUUGCUUUAAACAAUUUGCACACAAGACAUGCACAUCAAAUUAGCUUUAAUUUUUUUGUUUGCUCUGGCAAUUCCUAUUCAGUGUUAUCAUGGGGUCAUUUUCUGCUAACAAACCUCCAGUUGCAGUGUCAAUGUUACAUCCACAGAAAGCUAUAAGUAGCAAAAUACUAACACUUCUGAAGGGAAACUCCCAUCCAAGUUGCCUUUUAGUUAAUAACCGAAGUGCCCAGUGAUGGUUAGUUUUCAAACCACAGAGAACAAUGUUUGACUGAUACAACUGUUGCCUCGGGUUUGGGCUUGACCUUUGGCUCGCAAAACCUUAAGCCAGACUUCUGUGAUUCUGCCCAGGCUCAGGGUUAGUCCUUUGAAGCAUUUUAAAAUUGACUUGGCAUGUUUGACAGAACUGAGUGACUCGCAAGAAGGCUCGUGUUUCUUUAAAAAAGAAUGUGGUAAAUAACUGGAAUGUGAAAAAUUCACUUCCUAUUGUGGGUGUAAUAUCAACACUGAGUGUCAUGCUGUGGCAUCAGAUUACUGGAGAAGGUCCCAGUUUGAAAUCCUUCAGGAGGGUACAUUGACAUACCAGUUGAUAACCAAGCAACAUUAUUAUGUGCAGAUAUUGAGAUUGCUCUGUGUAUCAAUUCAGAUCUAUGCUGCUUUGUUCAGACACAAAGGUUUUCAUCAUUUAUAACCUCACAGAAUAAAUGUUUUUCUGUCUUUUAUUGAAUUUUGUCAGACACAAAUCAAUCCAAAAUACACAUUUAACCUUCCGAGUUCAAAGAAUCUAUUUUUUUUAAAAAUGAUGGCAUUUCUGCAUAACAGUUUCAACAAAAUCUGGCGCGUGUCUUCAAUUUAAAUUCAGAGUGGCAUAUCUCUAUUUCGAAUGUAGUAAAUGGAUGGCAUUAUUUAACUCCAAUACAAAUGAUGAGUCAUUGUUUGGUUAUUCAUUGUCAAAUAUUGUGGGAAUUUCUCAAUUACCUAUUAAUUAAAGAGAAACCAAUGCAUAUUAUGUGUUCUUUCCAAAAGGGUCUUGACACUGAUGAAAUAGAAAAUAUUGUCCCAAAUCGAAUUAUGAAUAAAUCAAAAAAUAGUUUGAAAGUAAAAUAAAAUGUCUGUCGGCUCCACCAAUUAAUAGGAAAAAAAGUGUUUCCUGCACAGGCAAGCUACAGUGAUGCCUCACUUCAGAGCUGCCAUCCCACGAUCCAUGGACAUGAAGCCAAACAAAACAGAAAAAAUAUUACCGACAUCCAGCUAGUGUGUGUUUUUUUUUGUUGCUCCUUAUCAUGUAGGAAAAGCUACAGAACUUGGAGGGUUAAAAUCCUUCUGUCUGAUACUUUUUUUUUGUCAUUUGUUACAAACCUGCACAGGGAAACUCUGUAACCUGGUCCUAGACCAGGGUUGUUUCACUAGUCAUUAAAUUAUGAAACUUUUUUUUUAAUUUAUGAAGACCUUAUUUUGUACAGUUCUCUUCAUUAAAAGAAACUCAUAGAGAUGUCUAUAAGAUCAAGAAAGUUAAUUUUUUAAAUUUGUGUUUCAGUUGUGCCACAGAAAUGCGAGGCAUCACUUUGCCUGGCAGAUCUUUCAUUAUCUGUUUGCUCCUGGAAAUUUAUGUAGAUCAGUGGAUGUUAGGUUUAAAAUUCUGUUUUCUUUGAAGAAGCUUUCAAUAAAAAAGAAAUCUUAAAAAAAAA